CAUGCCCAACCAUCCAGCAACACUCACCUACUACAGUUACUGCUCCCACAGAGCACCACAAGCAAGAACUCUCCUCGAAGGCCCGGCUCGAUCGAUCAAUUAUUGUUGCGCUCGCUCGAUAAGCUAGCUGCAACUAACUCCAACAAGAUGAAGACGAAGGCGUCGUCCUUCUUCAAGCAGAUGGUGUCGGCGGUCGUGGCGGCGGUGAAGGCCAAGUCCACGGCGGUGCGCGUCAAGACCAGCGCCCUCAAGACGCGCCUCCUCAUCUUCGGCAUCCUGCGCAACAAGAAGCUGCUCAUGGCCGCCAUCAACCACAAGAUCCACGCCAUCAUGGGCCAGCAGGAGGAGCAGCAGCAGACGGGCAAGCAGGAUCUGCUCGUCAACGGCGACGGCGGCGGCAAGAAUAAAGCCAUCGUGCUGUACUCCGCGCCGAGCUACAGCUUCUCCGCGGAGCUCGGCGCGCACGAGGUGGAGGCGGCGUCGGCGCGGGAGCAGGAGGACAGCGACGACUACCUGUCCCACUCGCUGUUCGCGGAGGAGGACGAGGAGGAGGACGAGCUGGUGAGCGCGCCGGGGUCGGUCAUCGACGUCAUGCGCGACGCCCGGGACCGGGAGCGUGAGGCCGCCGGCGGGGGCGCCGAGUUCCGGCUCGAGGACGAGAUCGACCACGUCGCCGACGUCUUCAUCCGCCGCAUCCACCGCCAGCUCAAGCUGCAGAAGCUCGACUCCUUCAAGCGCUUCUGCGAGAUGCUCGAGAGGGGCGCCUGAUUGAUCUGAUUGAUCCAUCAUCCCGGCCUUAACUUCUGCUACCAAUCAACAGUUAAUCGCCUGCAGUGUGCAAUGCAUGGUCAAACCAAGCUGAUCGAUUAUUAACGUACGCCUGAUGCAGGCCAUGGUUAAUUAUGUAAUCAAUUACUAUUAGUAGUAACUUAAUUGGUGAGAUGAAUUAAUUCAAUUCCGUGCAUGUAAUUAAGUAGAAGGAAUAAAGGUGGCAUCAUGGGCAGGGCGUGAAGAUGCUUUCCUUGAGCUAGGGUUUAAUUAGUACUGUAGUAGACAGAUGGCACCUGGGUUUAACUGGUCAUAUGUAUGUUCUUUGGUUCUUUUGGGGAACAUUGCUCAUGUGCUGAAAGCUUUCCAGGAAGGAAUCAAUAAAAAGCGAGGAAAAAAAAGAGUGUAUGUAUAUAUAGAUUGGACAAAUGUACAGUUGGAUCA